AAGAAAACACAGAAGAAAGUCUUUGUUUUCUGGAGUUAGGCCAAUAAUUCUUAGAUAUGACACCAAAAGCACUAUCCGUAACAGAAAAAUUUGAUAAGUUGGACUUCAUGAAAAUUAUGAGCCGUUGCUCAACAAAAGAUGUUAAGAGGAUGAAAAUACAAUAUACUGGGAGAAAAUAUUUAUAAAUAACAUAUCUAACAAAGGACUUGUAUCCAGAAUAUACAACGAGCUCUUGAAACAAUGAGGAAACAAACAAUCCAAUAUAAAAAUGGGCAAGAAACCGUGGAAGUAAAGAACCAGUAGGUGAAGAUAAAGGCAUCAAAGCAUAUAAGGAAUCGCAAAGCAGACACUGGCCCCGGCAGCAAGUGUAACUGGCAGCAGGAGAUGGCCAAGAGCACCCAGGGAAAAGGCCCAAGCCCUAGAAGACCUGGCCGGCUUCAAAGACCCAGCAUCAGGUUAUACUGAAGAAUCAAUGACUCAUGACAAAACCACCAAAAUACCCUACAAAUCACCACCAGAACUAGUAGACACUGCAACAAGCUCAAAGAGAUGGCCCAGGGCUUGUGGCCAGAAAGUAGAAGUGAAAGAAGAGCUGUUAGCAGUUGGCACGCUCACACAAACAUCAGGGGAGACCACGCACACCAACAAAGAACCAGCAGGUGAGGGCAAAGGCCUGAAAGCAUUUAAGCAACCCGCAAAGCAGAAGCUGAACCCAGAAAAUGUAACUGGCAGCAGGAGAUGGCCAAGAGUGCCUAAGGAAAAGGCCCAACCCCUGGAAGAUCUGGCCAGCUUCCAAGAGCUCUGGCAAACACCAGGCCACACUGAGGAACUGGCAAAUGGUGCUGAUAGCUUUACAAGCACUCCAAAGCCAGCACCUGACAGUGGAAAACCUCUAAAAAUAUCCAGAAGAGUUCUUCAGGCCCCUAAAGUAGAAUCCGUGGGAGACCUGGUAGGCACCAGAGACCCUGUAAAAUCACAAAGCAAAAGCAACACCUCCCUGUCCCCACUGCCCUUCAAGAGGGGGUAUGGAAAAGAUGGAAGUGUCAUAGGAACCAAGAGGCCGCACUGCAUGCCUGCACCAGAGGAAAUCAUAGAGGAGCUGCCAGCCAGCAAGAAGCAGAGGGUUGCUCCCAGGGUGAGAGGCAAAUCACCCUUGCUCAUCAUGAAGAGAAGUCUGAGGACUUCUGCAAAAAGAAUUGAACCUGCAGAAGAUCUGAACAGCAAUAACAUGAAAACCAACAAAGAGUAAUACGAACUACAAAACUCAGUCCCUGAAAAUAAGGGAAUGUCCCUGCGCUCCAGACACCAAAAUAAGACUGAUGUAGAACAGAAAAUAACUGAGGUAAUUGUAUUAGCAGAAAGAAUUCCAAUAAACUGAAAUGAAAAG